ACACAAUUCACUAAUAAAUAUGUGAACUUGUGUUGAUUUAAGUGAGCUAAGACCAAAGGGGAGCGGUUCGAAGCCACUGUGGGGCGCAGAGUUUCGAUUUUUUUACCCAUAUCUAUGUAUACUCACAACGCAUUUACAAUUGAUACGUUUUGACUCCCCACACACAAAGCAAGAGACAGAGAGAGAAAUAAAGAGAAAGAGAGGAACAGCAAUGGUGAGAGUUUGAGCGAGCGAACGAACAAGGGAGCAAAUAAAUGGUCUGUCUGAACAUUUUACCACACUACCUCUUUGUCUGUUGAAGCGAGUUCUCGUGCUGGUAUUUUACUCGCUCGCGUCGAUGUGUAAAAUUAUUUAUUUUGUUCCCCUGGUUUGAUUUUGCAAUCGUUAGUGCCAGUGGUGGUUGUGUAGUUCUGUUCGUCUGCGCGUUAUUGUGAAUAUUGUUAAUGUACAAAUAUAUGCAAUAAUAUUAUGGAACGCAAAAAUUUGUAUGUGCAUAGUUAACAAAAGUCAGGCAUACCUUUCUAUAGUAUACAUACAUAUAUUCAUAUAAUCGAUGUGCGUAUGCGUGUGUCUCAAAAAAGAGCAAUCGUCGUUGAAGUUCGACUACCAUGACUACGCAAUAGCAACAACAAGAGACAGCGAAGCGCGAUACUUGGUUAGCUAUAAAUGAGACAGACAAACGUUUGAGCAAACAAGAAUACAAAAUAAACAAACAAGAACACCAACAACAGUUAAGUCUCAAGCAGCAGCCGCAACAUGCUGAACUCCAAUGCGAAUCAUUCGGGCAACAGUCGGCGGCCAUUUUCUCGCAAUUCCUCCUCGGCCCGUUCGCAUCGUGGCCGUAUGCUCUAUUCCCCGCAUCCGCAUGGUCAGCAGCAGCAGCAGCAACAACAACAACAGCAGCAGCCGCAGAGAAACAACAACAACAAUGGCCUUGUGCCGGGUCAUAGUCCCUGGUGCAAUGUAAAUCUGAAUCGCCACAAUAAUGAUAGCAACAACAACAACAGCAACAACAAUGCCAACAAUAACAAAGAUGCAAUCGAUGGCAGAAAUUCGAAUUGCGAUGUACAAACAAGUAAUUCUAGCGGAACUUGUAUUUAUAACAAUAGCAAAACGCAUCAUCACAACAACAGCCUUAACCUCAAUCAUAAUCAUAAUGCCUCCUCACAACAACAGAAUCAUCAGUCACAAGUCCAUCAUAGCCAGCUCACUCAGUAUAACAGUAACAAUAACAGUAUCAGUAACAAUAACAGUAACAGUAACAAUAACAGUAACAGUAACAGUAACAGUAAUGUUAACCACAACAGCUAUCAUCAUUCAAUUACCAACAUUGCACACGACAACAAUUGCACUGUUAACAAUAGCAGCAGUAAUCGCAGUAGUUUACGAACUCAACACAAUGAAAAUCACAAUCCCAAUCAGUAUUUAAUCUCCAAUCAGAGUUCAAUUGUCAAUCACAGCUAUAACAGCUAUUUUGAUAUGUGCAACAGUGCUGCGAGUGUGCCUCCUGCUUUUGGUUCAAUGUCCGUGUCCGUUGUUCGAUUAAAUCCAGCACGCUUAUGUUUAACUGUUGCCGCCCCGCCCACAAGCACACCUACAACACGCCGUAGCACACCCCUUGCCCUGAUAUCCUUACCAGCCCAACAGCAUAACAACAACCACAACCACAACCACCUUCCACAAAAUUUCAAUCAUAAUCAUCAAUAUCACAGCAACAACAACAACCAAUAUCACCAAUCACAACCACAACCAUUGUCACAACCACAACAACAACCGACUAAUCGCCAAUCCCUCCCGCUAACACGUACGAAUUCAAAUUCAACAACCGCAACAACUUUCAAUUCAACCAAUACAACAACAAAUAGUAUUCCUACUGAUGUUGUGAAUGUCAAUUCUUGUACCGAUAUAAUUCCUCAUGGAUCAACUGCGCCACAACAACAACAACAACAACAUCCACAACCACAACAACUGUGUUCACAACGACAACGACGAUCUCAAACCCAACAACAACAACAAAUGCAACUGCAACAAUUGUCGCCGCCGUUUCUUAUGAUAAACCUCAACCAAUUGACUGAUACUCAUUUAAACCACGCAUCCAUCAAUAGUCAUAGCCAAGGAUCUGCAGGACCACAUCACGGCCAGCGUAUCUACAACAAUCGCAACAACAACAACAAUAAUAAUAGCAAUAGCAACAACAAUAAUGCUAUCAAUAUGAGCAAUUUAGACUACAUGAAUUAUCGUCGCGCUUGCCCCGCUUUAUCCCGUGACUAUCAGCAACACCACAACAACAGCAACAACAACAACAGCAAUCUGGGCAACGGCCACAACAACAACAACAACAGUCGUCGCCACAAUGGCAACUAUGACAGAAAUCCAAACAAUAAUCACUUUAAUAACGGUAGUUCGGAACAGAAUGUGGAUCAUAGGGCUGAUGGCUAUAGCUUUAUGCGCAAUGGGGGAAUCGGCAAUAGCUAUGGUCGAAAUGGUGCCCAGCACUAUCAGCAGCACAUGAGCAAUGGCUAUAGCAACAACAACAACAACGGAAUUAACAACAAUGUUGCGUCGGGCUCCUCCGCCGGGCCCGGCCUAAUGGGUGAUGUGCCGUCCGGCUCCGGUUUGUCCGGCUCAACGCUGUCGCUAAACAAUGGUCUCGGCCCCAACGGCAUCAACUCGGAUAGUCCAUCGCGCAAGCGUCGCCGCAUUUCGGGUCGUCCCAGUCAAUCACCGCCAGCUAUUUGGGAGCCUAGACGCUCACAGCGCGUCAUGAUGCAACAGGGCAGUCCGCCGUUGCGUCGACCACGACUGCGCGAUGUGGCCACCUCCACGCAGCAGCAGCAACAAAUCCAACAUCCACAAUACGCUCCACAGCCCCAUCACUCGCAACAGCAACAGCAGCAGCAGCAGCAGCAGCAGCAGGUGCCUCCGAACUACCAUCCAAUGCAUCAUCAUCAGCAGCCACAGGCGCACUAUGCGCCGCAGCAACAGCAGCCGCAUCAGCACACACACUCGCAUCGCUCGCCGUGGGAUCUGGCUGGCAAUGGUCCGGCCGUGGGCAACGCUGGCGGGCCAGCUCCGAGCAGCACUGUGGGCGCCAUAUUGCAGCAGGUGCAGGCACCGCCGCCGCCACCACAGGCACCCAGCCAUCAGCAGGGAGUAGGUGCUGCACCGCCGCCACCGCCACCCACCUCGCUAAUGGUCGACCUCAAUCUGGCUCUGCGUCACGAGCCCAUUUGGGCAUCCUUCUGCACGUAUCCGUUGCCAGCCCAAGCUCGCCUGGCACCUUGCCAUCUGCACGGCAUUUAUGCGCAACCCUUCACAGCAGCGCCUGCCGGUCUGGCUGCUGCUCCGCUCCAGGUAGCCCAGGUGCCGACACCCACACAAGUAGCAGCUGCAGCAGCCGCAGCACAACACAUGAUCCAAGCAGCAACGAUUUCGGCACAACAGCAGCAACGUGAUGUGGCCGCUAUUGCAGUGGCUAAUCUGACAUUGGAGCCACAGCCCAAUGCUCACCAUCUAGACGGACAUCAGGCGGCAGCUGCAGCGGCUGCAGCAGCAGCCGCAGCUGCAGCAGCAUCUGUGCCAAUGGGCUCCCAGGCAACGCAUCCUCAUCCACAUCCACAUGCACAUGCGCAUCAGAUGCCGAGCCACAUACACAUUGCCUCGAUGAGUGCUGCAGCUGCAGCGGCUGCUGCACAGCAUAUACAUUCCAACGCGGCGGCAGCAGCAGCUGCUGCACACGCCACACAAAUGUCGGCAGCAGCGGCACCGCAGCAGAUAAUCAUAUCAUCAGAGCGACGCACAUUCCCGCCUCACAGGCGCCUACCGCGCUUCUGGCCGGCCAAUCAUGGACCACACCGGCAUGUCCUGCCGCCGCAGUCGCUGGCACCUCAUCAAGCGCCCGUGCAAAUCCAAACCACCGCUGGCAUUAUCAAUCCGGGCUUCUUGCUCAAUUUCCUCGCCAUGUUCCCGCUUUCACCGUAUAACCAGCACGAUCUCAACUCCGCGGACACCAAUGAGACGGAGAAUUAUGAGGCGCUGCUCAGCCUGGCUGAGCGUUUGGGCGAGGCCAAGCCUCGCGGGCUAACUCGCAACGAAAUUGAUCAGUUGCCCAGCUAUAAAUAUAAUCCAGAUGCACAUAGUGGCGAUCAAUCAUCCUGCGUGGUCUGCAUGUGUGACUUCGAGCUGCGACAGUUGCUGCGCGUAUUGCCCUGCUCCCACGAAUUCCACGCUAAGUGUGUGGAUAAAUGGCUGCGCUCGAAUCGAACAUGCCCGAUCUGCCGUGGUAACGCUUCCGAUUAUUUUGAGAGCGGCGAUCAUCAACAGCAGCAGCAGGUUUCGGCGCAGGGAUCAACUACCACAACUUCAAUAAAUGGUAACAUUGCCACAGCUACCACCACCAAUGCGUCAGCGACUGUUACCGCCACGGCCACCGCCGUCAUCGUCAAUCCACAGCAGAGCCAGGCCGCUUAGGGCAAUACCAGCAACAAUAACAAUAAUAAUAACAAUAACAAGUACCACAACCAAACGCUUUCGCCACGUCGUCCAGGUGCCGCAAAAAAAUGGAGCACACACAAAAUCACAAAAAACAACAAACAUUUAUACACACAGUUAGCCUUUUUAAAUAAUUGAUAUAACGCGCAACGAAUCCAACUGCCAAAUUGCUUCCCCUUUAAACCAGACCACUUCAAUAGCUUGUCGUAGUACUUUACUUAGGCGGUAGUUGUAUGUUAGUAACGGUAAAUGGUUAAAGAAGAAA